GUUGACAUGACCAAAGUGAACCUGGACACCAUCAAGCCAUGGAUCACGAGAAAGAUAACGGAUUUACUUGGGAUGGAGGAUGAAGUCGUGGUCGAGUUUGUCUUUAACCAACUAGAGGCAGACAAGUCCAGCACAUUCACAGCUAAGGACCUCUUGCAUCCAAACUAAGGUUCCUUUGGACCCGAAAUGCCCAUGUAUGUACUCGUCUGGUGGGGGAGGCAGUAGAAAGCGUUGCCCUUACAUAGCCUUUGUUCAGUCUUUUUAGGCUAUGUCUGCUUUUGGCCACGGCACGCCUCUUGUUUCCGGCCUUCACACAGGUGGUGCACAUCUCAGGUGGUAAUGGUUCUCUUUCCCAGCGUGGCCUGACUGCGCUCUGCGCAGGCUGAGGCUGCGUUGUUCUUUCGCUCGUGUGCUGGUUGCCCAAAGCCUGCUGCUGUUAUUAUACUGGCUUAAAUAAAAAAGCCGAGGAAGCCAGACUCAGCUGCUAUACCUAAUUGCAUUCAAAGCUUUCAAAGCUUGCAAUGAGGCAAAGGUUAGCUUUGUGCAAAAUACAGAAUUGUGUACACACGCCGUGAAAAGUACACAGGCAACAUUGCACAAAUCUUGCGUUGUUGCUUAGGCAUGUGGCAGGGCUCCUCUUGCAUUACUUGGCUUGUUUGCACUUUUGACUACUCGCUGUUGAAGAUGGCACUCGCAGUGUAGGCAAGUUUGCCAAGCCAGCCAAACAGCUCAUGAUGAAAGAAACUUGUUAGGGGUUGCAGUCAUGCCAUGCCAUUUUGAGAAUAUGGUCGGUGAUACUGCAAGGCUCUAAGUGGUGAAGACAAGUUCCCCAGUCUCCUUAGUGCUGAAGUGCAAGGAGAGCCUUGUGUCAUGUCCUGGAGUCACUUCUGGCUACCUCUAGUGUGACCUGUGUGCUUCUGACAGCUCUUAAUGCUUGAACUCAUUUGUAGCACUGUUUAUGUGUUACUUUCGCUCAUUGAAUCUGUUUUAAAGGGGCACUAAAGGUAUACAUUAGGUCAGGGCUCAGCUGAUGUACUGGAAGUUCCGAAUUGCAUUUGAGGAUGAGCAGUUGAAUGCUACUAAUCCUCAAAUCUAAAUCAACCAUAAAUGAAACAUGUUCAGUGCGGUCCACUGUCGAAGGGCACACAUGAGUGUUGAACAUGUGCAAAAGUCUCCGUCUGGCAAAUGUACAGUUAUUCCUGGGCUUUGCAGCAGAUGACGUGGUUGGUGCUGGCACCUUUCUACACACCUGUGCAGUUUAUUGACGUAGCAUCAGCAGACAUUUGCAGCUGCAGUGUCAGCUAAGUGAGAGCCACACAGUAGUGUGUCCCUUUAGCAGUGGACUUCACUGUACACCAUCUGUGCAUCAUUCUUGCGACAUCUUUGUCAUGCCAUCCUCUAGCCAUAGUCUCAGGGUUUUGACAAGGCAUAGGCAUACAUUUCAUAGUAAGUUACUACAGGAAAUCUAAUGAAAGUACACAGGAGGGUGGAGAUGAAGGGAUUCAACAGUGUUUAAACAUAGGAUAUCUCUGUAGCCAAUGUUUCAACAACAGUUUUCUUCAUCAGAGCCUUGGCUCCGGAGACAUCCUUCGUUUUACCACUGUUGGUAGAGGUAAAUCUGGAAUUGCAGCAACUUUCAUUUUUAUUUGAGGAUCAUUUAUGAAGUGUGCUUGCAUUUUAUUGUUUCCUUGUAGCAGUUAAGCGAGCAUUCAUAGCCAAUUUAUUUUUUUACAUAAUUUCCAGCAAUAACACACUUAAUUAUGUAGAUUAUUUCUGACGUUUUGACAUUCUUUUUUCUGCAGUGUUCUGAACACAGUUGAAAAUGGUAACAGUAAGAGGCUAAACAAGAUGAAUCUCUGACCUACAGUGAAUUUGCAAAGACAAAUCAGCUUCAAGAAGGUUAACAGGGUUGUUGUAAGGCAUUAGGGUAAAGUUUGGGCAGAUCCACGUGGUGCUCAUCGCUUUUAUGGGGACUUAAUUUCCAUACAGUUAGUGUGCUUAUACACUAUUGUAGGUUUUCCUCUAUGAAUCUUAGUAUGAAACAUUUAUUGCUUUGUGCCAGCAGUCUUUCAGAGCAUCUGUGCAAUUCUUGUGUUCAGUCAGAUAGCAGCACAUUUAAUGAGGAGGAGGGUACACGGAAGUAGUGCUUACAGAGUGGCAACACGAAGCAGCAGAAUUUCAAUCUGCUACACCAGGUCUUGUCAAAUAGUGGCAUCCAAAUGCUCUUUUUGAUAUUGCUUACACAGACAGUAAAAAAUUGGCCAGGGACAUUACACUGCACUUUUUAGUUAAAGGGGCCCUGAACCACUUUUUAUUGAAGUCGAGAAAUGCGUUUGAAGUUUAAUUAGACUAUUUCAGAAAUACUUUGCCGCAAGAAGUUAUUAAAUCCGCUUAGUAGAAGCGGAGUUAUUGGCAAUCAAACAUACUAUUUGUGGUGCUUCCGCUCCUUCAAUGAUCUGCACUGUGAAGGCUAUGGUGGAGAGGGGCAUACCCACAACGCUCCGCCUACUGUACAUCACCAUGGCCUGCAGUUCAAAUUUGAUUUUGCGUGUUCAUGUAGACGCCACUAUUCCGAUUUUGGCAUUUACGACACGCCAGAAGCGGUUGUCCUCAGCGAGCCGCAGUGUGCUCAGCCAGUGGACUCGUUGCGGCGGCCGCAGUAUCUGCACUACGUAGCAGACCGCAGCUACGUGAAACUGCGGUGUUAGCUUUGUGCACGACGGGGCUAGAGUGCGCACUCGCGCUCGUUGGCUCCUGUCUGAAUGUGCUACAUAGUGCAGACCGGCUUUGUUAGUAGUAGCUACAUCCAAUUAGCGCAUUUUGAAGAGCUGUCAAAAGCUCAUUACGGGGGAAGUGAAGUCUGCCAAGGCGUCUAACCUGGAGCGGCCAGAAGCGAGAGUGCACUGGCAAGCGUGCGUGUCAUCUGACCUUAAGUUUCACGUGGUUCACGGCUAGUUGAGUGUUCAAAACUAGUCAAAAUUACCGAGACCCGACGACUAUGACACCAAUAAGCACGAUAGGCGAAGUUCAAUUCCUACGCGGGCGGCCGCGGCCAAGGGGUAGCAGACGAUAGUCAGCUUAUUCUGGAAGUGCAUAAUUAUCGAAAUUCGAAAGCAAAUUUUUGCCUACUUCGGCCUGUUUAUUGAACUGCAUCAAUAAAUGCAGUAACAGUAGGAAGAAGCGCACUGAUCUAUACAACUUUCUUGAUGUUGGCUAUUGGCCAAUAGCAGUCGCGUAUGGGAAUCUGCUAUAUUAUGAAAUAAAGCGUCCAGAAAAGAGUGAGGAGCAGGCUUCUGUUUAAAAGAGAGCAUUUGAGAGAAAGGUGACUUUGUACUCCGCUUGCGAGAUCCACGGGCCACGCGUAACUGCAAAAUUUGCCUGAGAUGUUUACAGCAGCUUAUUUUAUCCGUGGACUGUUUUUUCACCAAGCCCGAGGGGUGGGUCAGGGCCCCUUUAAGCAUAAUGUUGGAUGCUUCUGAGAGCUAGGUGCAACGUGCAGUGCUGUCAGGGGGUAGUGUAACAGUGCUCAAUUACACUUUUCGAUAAAAUUAGUUUAAUGGUUGCAUUUUCUCUUAUUUUCGUGGGCAAUGCUAGAAAGUGUGCCACAACAAUGUACACCAGACAGAGUUUGCUCCCAUUUUUCCGUUGUGAUUUCCUAGAUUGUGCAAGCUUUGUAAUCGGUGACAGCAACAUGUUUGUUGUUUCAAAACACUGAUGUGUCAGUUUGGCUUGACAAUUUUUACCUUUAGUGUCCUUUUAAAAUGGUAUGUACUCUUGGCAUUUGUCAGGCAUCCGAAGGCACACAUUUGUGCUCUGAUCUAUAGCCAGUAAGAAGAUUGCUGGCUUUGCUUUUAAGUCAAUAAAUCUGCCUGAUCACUUCAUAAGUACUGAUUCUUAAGAAAUGUUCUUUAAUUUCAGAGUGCUUGUAUACCAUUAGCGUUUCCAGUCUAAAUAAUGCAAGUAUCAUUGAUCACUCAUUCUUAGGCAUGGGGAAUAUUGAGAAGAAACUUCUGUAGUAUGUAUCCUUGUUGAGCAGCUUAGUGGAAUGCAGCGUGCUGUUCUAUGUUAAUAUAUUCUGUUAACAGUUCCACUGCAUCUGGGGUUGGAACGUUGUGAAUUGGGCUUAUUUUACAGCAUACUUUCCUCUCUUAUUUUUAGAUGGCAUGGUAGUAGUGGGUUUCUUGAAGACCAGCCUGUGGUUUAAUGACAGGGGUCACAUAAGCUGUCAUAAAUGUUGAGCUCACAGUUGCGCACAGAUUUAAGAUCGUGCCCCUACGGCUCUACAAUCCGUUUCAAAUUUCUCAGAGAACAGUCGCCUUUUUAGUUUGCUGCACUCAUUAGCUGGACAAAGCAUUUGCUUACAGAUUUCUAUACCUUGCUGUUAAAAACACAAGUUGUAUAGGCAUGUCGACCAGGUAUUUAGCUACUCUUGCAUAAAAAAUGAGUAACAGCACAAGACGCAGGACAUAAGAAGUAGACAGAUCAAGCACCAUCGUAUGUCCUGUAUCUUGCACUGUUUCUUGUUUUCUUAUGCAGCUUGUACCAACCAGUCCAAGUUAGCACUUUAUUGCAGUCUACUCUUGUAGUUGAAGCUUCACGUAGCUUCUGUUAUCCUUGGGGCCAAAUUGCAGGGAAGGGUAGGCUCAUGUUGAUGUUUGGGCCUGGCCUGUCUCUCUCCCUGUCCAGCACCCAGACCCACGGAUGAUGCAGAUCAACCUGACAGGCUUCCUGAAUGGCAAGAAUGCCCGUGACUUCAUGGGUGAGCUGUGGAGCCUCCUGCUCAGUGCACAGGAGACUGUUGGUGGCAUUCCUGCCGAGAUCCUUGAGGAGAAAAAGGCUGAGAUCAGGAGGCGCCAGGAGGAGCAAGAGAGAAUGCACGACAGUGCUAAACGAGCAGAAGAACGUGAGCGUGAGAAAAUGGUUGAAAGGGCUAGAGAGGCAGCAGCGGCAUCCCUGCGGGAUAGGUCGCCUGAGAAGCCAAAAGAGCGACCGAACCACACUGAGGUCAAGCCAAAGGAAAAGCCAGUCGAGGAGAAGCCUCCCAGGGUGUUUGUCGAGAAGGAGCCUGAGUCAGCACCUCGAAGAGAGUCGUCGGAGCCAAAGCCCAGAGAGAAGGCUGCGUCACCACCUGGUGAAGCGCGGAAGGACUCUGCAGAAAAACACAGGCCCGAGAGCCCACGAAGGCAGCGCGCUUCUCCAGCCAAGGAUCGGCGUCGCAGAUCCCGAUCGCCGAGGAGGUCACGCAGUCCACGUAGGCGUAGGUCCCCUCACCAUGGAAGGCAUCCUCCACACCAUCACCGAAGUCCAGAGCCUCGAAGGCACAGGCGGCGUCGUUCUGAGUCUCCAGCCAGGUCCAGUUCCAGUUCCUCAUCAGCUUCUAGCUCAAGCCAUGGUUCUGUCAAGAAGGCAAAACCAGAGAAACAGCAAGCGGUCUCUCCGCUGCUGGAAAAACUGGGCCAGCGCAAGAACUCUGUGCAGCAGAAGCGCCACUACCGGUCUCAAGGCCAGGAGGAGUCUGCAAGCAGCUCAGAUGAGAGCCCGGCUGCCCGAAGGCAAGCUGGUGACAAGUCGAGAGGAGCUGGACGCAGGAGGGGUGACCGCAGACGAAGUGGCUCAGCGUCCUCCUCUGGUUCCGGAGCUUCAGUAUCGCCAGAAAGACGUAGACCACGACCAAGUCCUCCACGUGGCAGGCCUUACAGGAGUCCAUCCCCAAGGCAUCGUCAUUUGCAGCACCGGAGGAGCAUGAGCCCUGGCAGGAAGCACAGGCCAACUCCACCCCCACCACGCGAAGAGAGGCGUAGGAUGCCUUCACCACCACAUGAACGGAGGCCACCACCUCGCGCUGCUAUGAGUCCACGUAGGGAACAGCGGCCCACUGCUCAGCAUUCAAGAGGACAAGCCAGGAGAUCUCGCACUCCGUUGGAACCUGUAGAGCGGUACAGAGAUGCUGACUCGUCGCGGCAAGCACCUCCACAGAACAGUCAUCACAUCAGCCAUCAACAAAAAAAGCCAAGAGCUCCAGUGCGCUCAGAGUCAUCAUCAUCAUCAUCGUCAUCUUCUGCAGAAGAGCCUCCACCACGCAGGAAAGCUCCUCCUGAGGAUGAGUCAGGCUCAAGCUCUUCAUCAUCAGCGUCUCCAUCUCCUGAGAGGCCGGUGAGACCUCCAGAUUCUGGUAGCCGGCGGCAGCAAAACUUGCCUCCAUACAGGAAACCAGUGUCUAAGGAAGCAUCUCCCCCACCUGCGAGGAAGAGCCAGCCAACAAGCAGAGAUCAUGAGUCCUCACGGGAGCGAGAUGUCACUGAUGUGAGACGACCUACUCCAAGGCAGGAGCCCUCAAAACCGGAAAGACCUGACCCGGAGUCUGAAUCUGAGUCUUCAUCUGAGUAUGAAGAGGUGGAGGUGGUGGCCAAGAGCCCUCCCGUCUCGUCUGACAGGCAACCUUCAAAGAAGAUUAAGAAGAAGCGGAGAAGGGAGUCAGAGUCAAGCGAUUCUGAGGGGAGCUCCAAGAAGAGGCGGAAAAAACACAAGAAGCACAAGAAACACAAGAAGCAUCACAAGCACAAGAAAUCAGACCGGAAAAGCGACGAGGAGGAGGACGAUGAAGACGAAGAAUUAAAUGAAGAGAGGUCAGAGGAAGAGAACAAUGCCGAAGAGCUGGAGCGAAAGUUGCGUGAAAAAGCCCUGCGGUCGCUGACUAAGGCCCGGACGGGCAGCCACUCCUGUGACGAUUCACAAGGAAGCUCGACGGCGAUGUAUGUUAAUGUAGCCAAUUGACAGGGAGGCUGGAAUGAUGUUUCUUUUUCUCCCCGGAGAAGCUUGCUCACAAUCCACAGUGAUGUCAUGAUGCUUGAAUGAUUGUUUUGUUUGCUUUAUUUUUUUACUUUACCUGUGGAGAAAGAUCAGUUUUGCAUGUAGCUUUUCUUUCAGGUCCCUCAUAUAUUUGUGCAUGGCAACUGAUUUGUCUUGUUUGUGUUCAUAUUAAUACAAAAUUUGGUGUGCAUCUGGUAGAAGAGACAUCUCAAAGAAAGAUAUUGUACCACUACUUGGGCAUGCAUGCUGGUUAUCUUCCCUGUGGUGCGCCUGUACAGUUGGCUCAUUUUAGAAUGGGCCAUGGAUGCAUGCUGUCUUGUUUCCUAUUGUAACUUGUGUCCUGUUGUAGCUCUCGCAGUUGUGUUCAGCCUUUAGCACUGCUAAGUUUUGUGGCUGUUAGCAGUCUAUCCAAAUGUGAGGAAUAGCAACUUUGCUUUUCAGUAGUGUGUUGCACUUUCACUGUUGUCAUGCAUUUAAUUGAUACAUACGUCUUGACUUCCGGAGUUGUCACCUGUAUUCCUCUCGUUAUGUUUCCAAUGCUGCACAUUCUCCUUUCUCAAGGGAUGGUGGGCUCUGGCUUACAGCAGUGCAUAUUACUGUUGUUGGCCAGGAUGGCAAGAUUAGUUUAAAGUCUACAUUUUGUUUUCUAUAAGAAAAAUGUUGCAGAAUAUUUAGUACCAUUUCUCUUCAUUGUGGAUUUUGAGCAGGCUGCUUUCUGUUAGGUGCAUCCAAUGUUUGUAUACUUUGUAUGAUGAAAAACUGCGAAAGUGUCUCUUGUAUAAAGCAUAGGGUUAGAUGGAGUGCUUGAUGGAGCUGUGCACACACUGCACACUUUUGGAGCGGAUCGUCUGGCCACACAGCCAUCACAUUGUACCCUUAGACCCUCACCUCUUCCUUUUCACUCUAUUAUUUGAGAGUGGGGCUGAUGAUAGCAUUCGCAAAAUAAAACCAGUUUUUUU